GGCGCAAUCGCGGCGUGACUAAGAUGGAGGCUGGGGCAGCGCCGCCGCCGUUUUGGGCCGGGGGCCCGGCCCCGGGGGAAGUGUUCAUCCCGCGGGUCUGGGGGCUGGGGGCUCCCCGGGGCUCCGGUACCGCCUCCGGUAUCGGUAUCGGCCCCGGUACCGCCUCCGGUAUCGGUAUGGGCACCGCGCCCGCCCGCCGCACGCUGAGCCCGAUGGUGACGGGGACGUCGGUGCUGGGGCUGAAGUUCUCCGGGGGCGUGAUCCUGGCCGCGGACACGGUGGGAUCCUACGGAUCCCUGGCGCGAUUCCGGGGAAUCUCCCGGCUCCUCAAGGUCAACGACUCCACCGUGCUGGGAGCCUCCGGAGAUCUGGCGGAUUUCCAGCACCUGCGGCAGCUCCUGGAGCAGAUGGU